AUGGUUGUCCAACUCGCCAGGAUCAUGGCGGAGAGCGGCGGAGAGACCAGGGUCCCCCACUGGCUGGCGGAGAAGGCGAAGGAGCAUCGAGGCGGCAGGGAAGGCCUGGGGCGACAGGAAGGCGGUGCGGAAAGACUGUCCGGGCGCAUCGUGGGACUCCAAGAAGAGUGGCGACGCCAGCGGCGGCUGGCGGGGUACAGAGACAAGGGGGCUGCGGCAACUGGGGGACAGCCCGAGCGGGGAGGCCGCCGACCCGAGGUCCUCGGCGGAGGAGGCCGCGGCCAGCGCCGGCUGGCGAGCACCUGCUCGGGGUGA